UAGAAGUAAUUUACUAUAAUUUAAUAUAAAACUUGUAGCCAAACUGGUUGUUCUAUUGAUAUUAUAGUAGGUACUGAUUUGAUUACAUACCUAUUGAUUUUCUACACAGAUUUAAUAUAUUUGUAGCAAGAUUUUACUGGCACUGUGCAUAUAAAUAUAAUAAUAUUAGGUAUGUACAAUAUAUGUGUGUACAGAAGGUAUUGAUUUUCUUCAUAGUAUAAUCGCAGCUUUACUAUUUAUACUUACCUAGAUUCAUCUUUGUAGAAGUUCCAUUUAGAUCUUGAAAGUUUCUAGAGUUUUCGUAAAUUUCGUAAUAAUUAAAGUGCAGUGAGUUUCAAUAAUGAACCGCGACAAACGAGAGCCUGAAUACCCAUCGGAAUUGGAGUCACAGUUUAUUCUGCGUCUGCCAGAAGAACCCGCCAAAGUCUUAAGAGAAGCCCUUCGAACAAGUGAAAACCUGAAAAGCAGAUUAAAUAUACAAAUCGAUAACGACAUGAGAAAAGGGGAAGUAAAAUUCGAUCAUUGGUUGAUGCACGCCAAAAUUGUCGAUUUGCCGACCAUAAUUGAAUCUCUCAAAACAAUCGACUCCAAAAGUUUCUACAAAACUGCUGAUAUCUGUCAAAUGAUGGUAUGCAAAGAAGAGCCUGACCAAACACCUGCUGAAGAAGAAUUACCAGUAAAAAAUAAAAAGAAAGAUCCCUAUAAAGUCGACAAAAAGUUUCUAUGGCCUCAUGGCAUAACUCCACCCACAAAAAACGUGCGCAAAAGAAGAUUUAGAAAGACCUUAAAGAAAAAAUAUGUUGAAGCACCAGAAAUCGAAAAGGAAGUGAAGAGGCUGCUUAGAGCCGAUAAUGAAGCCAUGAAAGUUACAUGGGAAAUUAUCAAUGAGGAAGACGAACCCCAAUUUAAACAGGAUGCUAAGACACCAUCUCGUAAGGAUAAAAAAUCAAAAGUUGCCGGCAAAAGAGGAUCAGCUCAUUCUAAAACAAAACCGGUCAAAUCAAAUGUGGUUGACAUAUUUGGUGGAGCAGUUAGCGACAGCGACAAUGAGGAGCCUAACAUAAAUGUUGAGGUGGAAGAUAGCAGACUGUCUUCUUACGAUAGUAGGCUCCCCCAUAGUAGCUCCAUGCUUAGCACAGGUGAGUCCUCGUCUAGGAGGGAUGAAUACCCCAUUAAAUUUCAGCCGCAAAUGUUCGGUGAGUCUAGUAGGAAGCAAGCCCCGACUUGUACAGUUACAUCUGCUACUAGAACGAACCUUUCAUCAGAAGAGGAUGAGCAAUCUCGAGAUUCCUCCAAGGACAAUAUGUCGCUAAGAAUAGAACAAGUCCGACAGCAAUUGGAAGAGCUCAAACAACGAAGGCAAAGAACGCAAGCCGAGAUAGCAGGAAUGGAAAAUCUGGCUUUGAAGCAAAGGUUUAAAGAUAUUUUGCAUACUCUAAACCAAGAUAUCAUGUACAAGGAGAUGGAAUAUCAGGGAUUGAUAACUUUACAAAACUCUGAAGACAUUUGAGGAACAUAUUUGGAUUAGAUAACAGUGCACUUUUAUGCCUCAAGAAUAAUCUUGAAUAUAAAAUUUUUGUGUCACAAUGUUAGUUAUAAACCUCACUCAAAACGGUUUACCAAUUUUUACCAAAUUAUUUAUGCAUAUUCAGCACCCCAAUUCAAACAGUAUGUCUGAGAAUCGGCUACUGGGUAAUUUUUAUAUUG